AUGACCACACAGUCACAUAUAGCAGAGAAUACAGUAUGGGUGUACGCUUAUACCGCAAACAACAUAUUCCCGGAAUGUUCGUUUUCCAAUAUAAACAAGAAAAUGUGUGUUCAAGAUGCAGAGCAAGAGACAGAGGGACUGGAAAAUCCCAAAAUUGAUGACGAAACAAGCAUAAAGACUUCGUCGUUGCAUUCUCAAGUUGAUUUCGUCACUGCCCAGAAUAAGAAUUGGGACAAGAAUUCGUCGGCUUUUGAUAAUGCUUCUACGACAAAUUCAGUUCCACUGGAAAGCAUUUGCGAAGAUGCAGCCAUUACAGACAGGAAACACAUUGUGUUGAAUAACUUCCUUCCUGCCCUUCGGUCUGGGGGGUGGUCUGAUAUUGGAGGACGGCAGGACAUGGAGGACACUCACAUCUGUAUUCCGGACUUGGCUAUGAAUUUUGGUAACAGUAUACAUGGAGAGGAUGCUGUCUCCUUCUAUGGUGUGUUUGAUGGACAUGGUGGAAAAGGUGCUGCAGAAUUUGUACGUGACCACUUACCAAGAAUCAUUGUUGAGGACGCUGAUUUUCCAUUGGAACUUGAGAAAGUGGUCACAAGAUCUUUUGUGGAGACUGACACUGCCUUUGCAAAGUCUUGCUCGAUUGAGGCUACUCUGUCCUCUGGCACAACAGCGCUUACUGCAAUGAUAUUUGGCCGAUCAUUACUUGUAGCAAAUGCGGGAGAUUGUAGGGCUGUAUUAUCUCGCCAUGGAGUUGCUAUAGAGAUGUCAAAGGAUCACAGACCUUGUUGUGUUAAUGAAAGGGCACGCAUUGAAUCACUUGGGGGAUUCAUUGAUGAUGAAGGAUAUUUGAACGGGCAGUUAGGUGUGACUCGGGCAUUAGGAAACUGGCAUAUCAAAGGACUGGAAGGGGAAAAUGGCGGACCUUUAAUUGCUGAGCCAGAACUUAAAUUGAUGACCCUAAUGAAAGAAGACGAGUUCUUGAUAAUAGGCAGUGAUGGAAUAUGGGACGUUUUUAGAAGCCAAAACGCAGUGGACUUCGCUAGGAGGAGACUCCAAGAACACAAUAAUGUGAAAUUGUGCUGCAAAGAUAUUGUAAAUGAAGCCAAAAAGCGAGGGGCUACGGACAACUUGACAGUUGUCAUGGUUUGUUUUCAAUCCGAGCCACCACCUCCUGUCGUAGUGCAGAGACCCAGAGUUCGAAGGUGCAUUUCUGCAGAGGGUCUUCAGAACCUGAAAUUUCUGCUUCAAGGUCCAGGAGCAAAUUGUAAAAUGUAUAGUGAUAGUAUACGUCCAUUUGUUAAUAAGCAACCAAAUAUUGCUUGGACUGCUGAGACCGGAAUUCUCGCUAGCAAUUGUACGUAUUUCAGCAGGGACUCCAUGGUUAGUUUUGCCCUAGUAAGAUCAGCUCUGCUGCGUGGGAUAAACAAGUCUUCUCUUGCGAAUUUGAAUAUCGCUUGGUGGCUAUGUUCGGAAGAAUUUACCGGUUUUACAACUGGAUCAUCAUCCACUCACGAAAAACAAACUACAAACUCAUAA